UCAUGCUUAAUUUUUUUUCCGAAAACGGUGUCGUUUGUGAAUGCCCUAGCCCUCAGUCUCUCUUCUCUCGAGUCACCACUCUCGCCACCGGCCUCAGAGUCUCUUUUUCGUCACCAUCUCUCUCUCGACCUCAAGCUCUCUCCCCACUCUCACGGCAGGUGUUGUCGCACUCAGGCUCUCUUGGCUCCUGUCUCGCUCACUCACUCACUGUCUCGUACUCAAGCUCGUCGUUGCGCUCUGUGUCGUCAUCUCCCACUCAAGCUCGUCGUCGCGCUCUGUGUCGUCAGUCGCCGGCGGCAGAAGCAGGCGGAACAAGCAUCUGGUCUCUCGGCUGGUGGUCGUUCUCGUCUUCUUACUUCGGCUCGCCUGGUCAGCUUCCUUUACCGUCAGUUGGUCCCUGGGCAGGGGGAGUCAGGAUUGUGAUUGGUGAAGGAGAUUGAACUGAACCGAACGCAAGGUCGUGAUAGGGUUUUGGAAAGAAUGAGCGUGGAAGAUCUUCCUCGGAAGGAGGUGAACGUGCUGAAGGGGCACGAGGGCGCUGUGCUUGCCGCGAGGUUCAACGCCGACGGCAACUACUGCCUCAGCUGCGGCAAAGACCGCACCAUACGCCUCUGGAAUCCCCACCGUGGCAUCCACAUCAAGACCUACAAAUCCCAUGGCCGCGAAGUCCGCGACGUCCACGUCACUUCGGACAACUCCAAGCUAUGUUCGUGUGGUGGAGAUCGCCAGAUAUUUUAUUGGGAUGUAGCUACAGGCCGUGUAAUUCGAAAGUUCCGUGGUCAUGACGGUGAGGUCAAUGCUGUGAAAUUCAAUGAGUAUUCCUCUGUGGUAGUAUCAGCUGGCUAUGAUCAAUCCUUGCGUUCUUGGGACUGCAGAUCCCACAGCACCGAGCCUAUGCAGAUUAUUGACACAUUCUCAGAUAGUGUCAUGUCUGUUUGCUUAACAAAGACUGAAAUCAUUGGAGGAAGUGUUGAUGGAACUGUUCGAACCUUUGACAUUCGCAUUGGCAGAGAAACAUCCGAUAACUUGGGGCAACCUGUUAACUGCAUAUCCAUGUCCAAUGAUGGUAACUGCAUUCUAGCUGGUUGUCUCGACUCUACUCUGCGUCUUUUGGACCGAUCUACAGGGGAGUUAUUGCAAGAGUAUAAAGGACACACUAAUAAGUCUUUUAAAUUAGAUUGCUGCCUUACCAAUACGGAUGCUCAUGUAACUGCUGGCUCUGAGGAUGGCUACAUCUAUUUUUGGGAUCUUGUAGAUGCAUCGGUCGUGUCAAGAUUCAGGGCUCAUAACUCGGUGGUAACAAGCGUAAGUUAUCACCCAAAGGAGAAUUGCAUGGUAACUGCUUCUGUGGAUGGCACCAUUCGAGUGUGGAAGACAUAGGAACAAAAUGCAAGCAGGAAGCUUCUCUUGUGUCUACUCGGCCCAUACCAAUGCCCAAAUAGAGCAAUAAUGACUUGUCCAACACCAUAUGAAGCCCACAGAAACCGUGUUACUUCAGCCUAUAUUAUAUUAGUAUAUGCAUGUUCCUAGAACUGCAUGUGCAUUUGAUUUGGAAGCUAGUUAAUACAAGGUGUGAGUCUUAGCUACUGAAUCUCUGGUCUCCUGUCAAAUGUCAGAAACAGUUUUUGUUUUUUCACCAAAAGAAAUAGGGGUAUCAGGGUAUGGGUUAAUCCACUUGUGGCCAUGCAGAGAAAAUGAGUUGUGUUUCUACUUUCUAUUCAAUUAUUAUGCAGUCAAGUUUAUUCUGUUAUCCUUUUCAUUGGGCAAGCAUUAAUUAAGGAUUGUGGAACUUGGAUUUUUGCUAGUGAAGUUGUUGGUGAAUAAGUGGAUGUAUACGUUUGUUUUAGUGAUAUGAUUCUUCAGUCUUCAAUUCUUUA